UAUUAAUACUCUGGAACUGAUGCACAUCAAGAAAUAAGGGAGACAAAGCACUAGAAAACGACGUUGGGCGCACUAGAGCGCAUACUAUUACCAGUCAAAAGUUUGGACACACCUGAUCAUUCAAGGGGUUUUCUUUCGUUUUACAUCGUAGAAUAAUAGUGAAGACAUCAACACUAUGAAAUAACACAUAUAGAAUCAUGUAGAAACCAAAAUAGUGUUAAAGAAAUUCUUCAAAGUAGCCACUCUUUGCCUUGACCGCUAUGCACGCCCUUGGUAUUCUUACAACCACCUUCAAGAGGUUGUCGUCAUCAUGGCAGACCCUUGGAAAGAGUGCAUGGACCACUGCCUUGAGGUGACCAAAGAGGCUGGGAAGAUGAUCCAAGAAGCGUUGCAGAAGGACAUCUCCAUCAUGCAGAAGAGCUCUCCUGUGGACCUGGUCACUGAGACCGACCAGAAGGUGGAGCAGCUCAUCAUCUCCUCCAUCAAGGAGAAGUUCCCCACACACAGUUUUAUAGGUGAAGAGUCUGUAGCGGCGGGAGCAACCAGCAACCUAACUGAUAAUCCCACCUGGAUCAUCGACCCCAUUGAUGGGACCACCAACUUUGUCCACAGAUUCCCCUUUGUCUCUAUGUCGAUUGGUUUUGCUGUGAAGAAAGAGAUAGAGUUUGGCAUUGUCUACAGCUGCCAAGAGGGCAAGAUGUACACAGCACGGAAGGGGAAAGGGUCAUUCUGUAAUGGAGAACCCAUCAAAGUGUCUGGGCAAGAAGACAUCACCAAGUCCUUGGUCCUGACAGAGAUGGGCUUUAAGAAGGAUCCAGAGCACUUCAAAACCAUGAUGGGCAACAUCGAGACUAUCCUCACCAUCCCUGUGCACGGCAUCCGCUCGCCGGGUAGUGCGGCAGUCAACAUGUGCCUGGUGGCGUGUGGAGCGGCUGAUGCCUACUACCACAUGGGCAUACACUGCUGGGACAUGGCUGGAGGAGCUGCCAUCAUCAGAGAGGCUGGGGGUGUCAUCAUGGACAUCUCAGGAGGCCCAUUUGACCUGAUGUCCAGGAGGCUGAUCAUUGCCAGCAGCAGAACCAUCGCAGAGCGCAUCUCCCAGGUGAUAAAAGCAUUCCCCGUAGGAAGGGACGACAUCGAGGGAUAGAGUACCAUCACACACACAUGCAUGCACAGAGAGACUGACACAUGGCUGCAGGUGCAUGCGCACCCAGCAGAACACACAUACACAUGUUUAGAUUAGUGAGGUCAAGAUCCUCUCUGCACCUUAAUUGUUAAACUGGUGGUAUUAACCUUUAUCUGAAUGCACCUCAGUGGAUUUGCGAAAACCUAUCAAUGAAGACCAACUUUAUUCAUUUAAUUGACUGUUUGCCCCUCAAGGGCUUUGACUUGCAUCUCAUUUUUUGGGGGCAUUUAAGUGAGAACAAGAUUAGAAAAUGUGGUCAUUGUAGACCAAGACAUUUUCUGUCUCAAUCAUACACCACAUGGCCAAAGGUAUGUGGACAUACCUUCAAAUUUGUGGAUUUGUUUAUUUUAGCCACACUCAUUGCUGACAAGUGUUUAAAAUCAAGCACACCGCCAUGCAAUCUCCAUAGACAAACAUUGGCAGUAAAAUGGCCUUACUGAAGAGCUCAGUGACUUUCAACGUGGCACUGUCAUUGGAUGCCAUCUUUCCAAUAAGUUAGUUUGUCAGAUUUAUGCUCUGCUAGAGCUGCCCAGGUCUAUUAUUGUAUUGUGAAGUGUAUUGUGUAUUGUAUUGUGAAGUGGAAACGUCUAGGAGCAACAACGGCUCAGCCGCGAAGUGGUAGGCCGCACAAGCUCACAGAACAAGACUGCUG